GGGGGAUGAACACGCCUGCAGCCCUUCUGCUUCGAUGUGAAUCACCAGGCAUGAGACGCAUAAAGAACACACCAAUGCUAUGCAACCGAACCGACGUGACCACGUGGUCCGAUGUGCAAUGAAGCGCACGACACGCGCACCAGAAGAAACGAACGCGGAAAACAAGGACGCAACAUGUUGCAAAUAACGUGACGCACGCGCCUGUCACCAUGAGUGCCUUCUGGCCAGAACAAAUUCGCAAAGCCUCCAUACGCCUCGAAAUAGGCGGGCGACGAAUCGCCUUUUCACAGCUCGUGCCGGGUAGUUCAAAGACGGGAAGCGGGCAAUUCAUCAACGUUGGUACUACCAUCCAGCAAUUUGACGCCUGACACAACCUCGAGCUCUCGCAACGCCUCGUGGAAAGAACACUCCGUUUCGUUCCUGACCAGGAUAGUGUGAACUCCCAUCUGUGCAGGGGCUUUUAGGUUCACCUUGAUGUCGUCCAGGAAGAUCGCCUCGCUCGCCUGACAGCCGAUCUGCCGCAGUGCCAGCGAGUAUAUUUUUGGGUCGGGCUUGCUCAAGCCGACCACCCUUGAUUCUAUAAUGGUCGAACCGGGCAGCAAACGCAGCGUGCUCCUCCUCCCGGCGGAUCCUCUCCGCCUCGCUGCUGGGCGGGCCCGGGGCGUAGUUGUUCGUCAGCGCGGCGACCGUCAGGCCCGCUUCCCGCAGCCGACGGACACACCGCAGCAUGAGCGGCCGAGGGGCCGGUCUGCUCGAGGAGCGCGAGCACGCCCUGCCAGCCCUCCACCAGGGGAACGGACACUGACAUCACCAUGAUGACUCGGAGGUCCGCGCGGAUGUCUCGGAUCGGCGCUGGGGCCCCACCCCCCCGCGCGCCAGGGAGGGGGGUCCAGUGCGGAUCCAAGCAACCCGCGCGGCCCUCAGAGUUUCCCUGUUUUUGUACUUUUCCGCUCCCCUGUCUACUCCGAGCGCCGCGCCCUCUGCCAAGAGUGUCCGUGCACUCCGCGAGCAUGGCGGCCGGGAACUGCGGCGCUGGCACGGCACCGCGCAUGAAGGCGUCGAACGUGGGGCUCUUGGCCAAGAUGCGGUUCAGGUCGCCGAUGCCCCUGCGGCGGCAGAACUGCUUGAUCGCCACGAUGGGCGAGUCGGCCACGACACCUGGGUGGCGCCAGGAGCAGAGGCUGGAGGCCAGGGGCUGCGCCUGCGUGGCGCGGGGGGGGCGGGCUGCCGCGCACGGAGCUCGCAAGCGGCGCCAGCGUCUGUCUCUUUCCAGAGAUGGAACGGCGUGUCUUAUGUUGCUCCCAGCGUACUUGAGGACCACAUUUCAGAAACAAGUUCGAGCCCCCAAGAAAGUAUCGAAACAGUGUCGAACGAGGAUCGCCUCCCAGGGCCCGACACGUGAAAACCCUCAACUUACGGCACCUCUCGAUACUCGAAAUUCUUUCUGGUGAAUAAAAUAGGUUGAAACAUCAUAAGGCGUGUCCCACAUCUCCUGCCCGACCACAUCGACGCCUUGUGGUUGUGCCGCUGUUGGUCGCCGCGGGUCACGGAAUCGAACUAGCAGGGGGGCGAACGGGCUGCUCCUACAGUAGGGGCCCGGCCACAAGAGACCUUCCACAAGAAACCCAAUCCUGAGACCCCAGGACGUCCACGGAUUCUUGGUGCGGGAACCUCACGCCUUCCAUCGCAAAACAAUCGAAACCCCAGAAGCCCAAGGCACCCUGGAGGCAAGCAGGGUGUUUCUUGGCCUGGGCCUCCACUGUGUUCCUUCAAAGACCCCCCCCCUCCAAGGGGCUAUAUUUCUCUUUCUCUCGGGCAGCUGCUGGGAUUUCUGUCUCGCCAAUACACCUCCGAUGUCGAAUAUCACCACCCUGCGGCGCAAGGGGGGUGCCUCGGCGCCGGUCGCCAUGGCGCGCGCUGUGUCAGUGAGGCAGGUGCACGCCGUAGCAGGACGCUUCGAGC